AUGUUGCGCCAGUCUGGCCGCAUCGCUGCGGCCAUCUCUCGACCAGCUGCUGCUCGCAUCGCAGCUCCGUCCUUCACAGCUGCCACCAAGCAGGUCCGAUCCUACGCCGCCGAUGCAAAGGCCUCCCCAACAGAAGUUUCGUCGAUUCUUGAGCAGAGAAUCCGCGGUGUCUCAGAAGAGUCAGGACUCGCUGAGACCGGUCGCGUCCUCUCCGUUGGUGACGGUAUUGCCCGUGUCUAUGGCAUGAGCAAUGUCCAAGCCGAGGAGCUGGUCGAGUUCGCUUCCGGCGUCAAAGGCAUGUGCAUGAACUUGGAAGCUGGCCAAGUCGGUGUCGUGCUCUUCGGCUCCGAUCGUGAGGUCAAGGAAGGUGAAACCGUCAAGCGUACCGGCCAGAUUGUCGAUAUUCCGGUCGGCGAAGCUAUGUUGGGACGUGUGGUUGACGCUCUCGGCAACCCCAUCGACGGCAAGGGUCCCAUCAAGGCCUCAGGCCGUAUCCGUGCUCAAGUCAAGGCUCCCGGUAUCCUGCCCCGCAAGUCCGUCAACCAGCCGGUACAGACUGGUCUUAAGUCCGUCGAUGCCAUGGUGCCCAUCGGUCGUGGUCAGCGUGAGCUGAUCAUUGGUGAUCGUCAAACUGGAAAGACUGCUGUUGCUCUCGACACCAUGUUGAACCAAAAGCGAUGGAACGACUCCGGCGAUGAGACCAAGAAGCUCUACUGUGUUUAUGUUGCUGUUGGCCAGAAACGCUCGACUGUUGCUCAGCUCGUCAAGACUCUUGAGGAGAACGAUGCCAUGAAGUACUGCGUCGUUGUUGCUGCCACUGCCUCAGAAGCUGCCCCACUACAAUAUAUCGCCCCCUUCGCCGGAUGUGCCAUCGGAGAAUACUUCCGUGACAACGGCAAGCACGCUGUCAUCAUCUACGACGAUCUCUCCAAGCAAGCCGUCGCCUAUCGUCAAAUGUCUCUGCUUCUGCGACGCCCUCCCGGGCGUGAGGCCUACCCCGGUGAUGUCUUCUACCUCCACUCUCGUCUCCUGGAACGUGCCGCCAAGCUCAACGACAAGCACGGCGGUGGCUCUCUGACUGCUCUUCCCAUCAUCGAGACCCAAGGUGGUGAUGUGUCCGCCUAUAUUCCCACCAACGUCAUCUCCAUCACCGACGGCCAGAUCUUCUUGGAGUCCGAACUCUUCUACAAGGGUAUCCGACCCGCCAUCAACGUCGGUCUGUCUGUCUCUCGUGUCGGAUCCUCAGCCCAGCUCAAGGCCAUGAAGCAAGUCGCCGGUUCGCUCAAGCUCUUCUUGGCUCAAUACCGUGAAGUCGCCGCUUUCGCUCAGUUCGGUUCCGAUCUCGAUGCCGCUACCAAGCAGACUCUCAACCGCGGUGAGCGGUUGACGGAACUCCUCAAGCAGAAGCAGUAUAGCCCUAUGGCUGUCAACGAGAUGGUGCCUCUUAUCUACGCCGGUGUCAAUGGUCACCUUGACAACGUCCCAGUCAACAAGAUUUUGCAAUGGGAGUCUGACUUCCUUGCCCACCUCAAGAGCGACCAGCAAGAUCUGCUCAAGACAAUCGACAAGGAGGGUCAGCUCAGCAAAGACCUCGAGGCACAGUUGAAGGAGGUGGUUCAGAGCUUCACUAAGAGCUUCACAUCAUAG